AAUCAGUGAGCAGUUAUAUACUGUCUAUGGUUUUUUCGACUAUGGUACAAAAUGAUGUCGUGCAAAAGAGCCUUUAAUUUGUUUACUAGCGCAGUACUUGGAUAAAUCACAGAUCAUGGAGCAUGACGAUGAACUGAAUGAAUUGCGGCUUCAGUUCCAAGCUCUACAAAAACAGCAGGAGAAAAGAAAACUGAAUAGGAAAAAGCAGAAAGAACCAGAUACGCUUAAUGUCAGUGUUACCCAGGAGGAUUUGGAUCUAUGUAAGCAAGGUAUUCAGGCAGACGAUCUCGAACACAGACUGCUACAGAAUGAGAGUCAAAAUCAAAAUUUUUUGGACCAGCUGAGGGAGCUUGAGGAUGAAAAUGGUCGGCUCUUCAAACUUCUAAGUGAAAAGGAUUUUGAAAUUAAACACCUGAAGAAGAAAAGAGAAGAAGAACGACUGGUUUUAGCAGGCACAUCAGGCUUGGCAGGGGAUAUCGCAGCCACCAAGAUUGUUGAGCUGUCCAGGAAAAAUAGAGAGCUAACUGCUGAAAUUGAGCGAGAAAAGAUUAAAUCCAAGCAAAACAGCAACAGAAACAAAGAGCUUGAGAAAGAGCUGCAGGCGGCUUUGGUGCACUCUCCACCUGGGCAAAAAAUGUAUACAAAGUCACAGGACAAGAGGUCAUCUGAAGACUGUGAGCAGGACAAUCCAGUGGUGAAAUCUCUGCAGGACAAAUUAGCUGCUGCCCAGCUGAAAGUGACUGAGUAUCGUAACCAGGUUCAAUCCGUCAAACAGGAGUUGAAAGUAGCUCAGAAGGUUUUGAUCAGUGAGGUUGGAGAGGAGGUCAACUUUCAGCAAUUACUAAACUGCCCUGGGAGCUUCAGAGGUCGCUCUCAGCAGAUAUUGGCUCUUCAGACAAGGGUGCGGGACCUUGAGCAGCAGCUGAACCAGUCAGCUCAGCGAAGACAGCAAAGUGUCCUGAGCUUAGAGGAAGAGUUUCUGGGCAUGGGGGUCCUACAGAAAACUCCUCCUCAAGACAAGAACCUCAGCUUCAUCCGCACCAUCGAGAAGGAGAAGAGGGAGGCAUUUGAGAGGAUCUCAGUAGACUAUGAGGCCCUCCUGAAAGACCACGAGGAUGUGAAGAAAAAGCUUGAAGCCUCUAAAGCUAGAAACAAAUCUCUGUCUGCUGAAAUGAAAACUGUGAAGGUCCAGAUCUCCACCCUCCUGGAGAAGGGUAAACAUGAUGAUGAGCUUGUGGAUGCUCUGCUGAAGCAGCAGACUCAGAUGCAGGAGGUUCUGCGACGGCUUGGCCAACAACAGAACGUACAGAGCAAGGAGACCCAGCAUAGCCUGAGACAACAGCUGAGCACUGAGCCUUCAGAGCACAACACUCUCAUCCAGAAUCUUAAGCAGAAGGUUGCUGCCAGGGAGGCCAGGAUCAAAGAACUGGAGGAGGAAAUCCAACAGCUCUCUAUCAAGGACGAGGGCACGGAAAGACAGCCCAGCCUCAAGACAAUUUGCAGUUCAGGAUUUCCCCCUGAAGAGGGAGACAUUACCAAGAGAAUACCACCUUCAGGUUCAGUUUCUAAAUUUGGUCAUAAGCUGGUGCUGCCUGCUGUGGGAAGUACUAUAUAAUUUAAGUAAGUGGACUUAAAGCUACUCUAUUGUGACAUGGUGUUUGUUGAAAUACACAAUAUCACUUCAUAAGUAACUUUAAAACAAUAAAUGGUCUUCAAAAGCAAGCACGUUUUCAUUCU